CAGGAAGCGAAUGGCGGAAACACAGCUCUGUCUCACGCUUUCAGUCAGGAUUUUGUGAUAUUUUGCGUUUUGGAAGGAGUGAGCAGCGAAACAGGCAGUUGAUGCCUUCAGUAAAGACCAGAGGAAGGCUUCAGAAACACAAUGCGGUCGCUGUGAUCCGUCAGGAGGAAUCUGUGCAGGGAACGGACCGAUGGACAGUCAGUGACUGACAGGGUCCCGUCUUUACAUUUGACACCGACGUAUGGCCCUGCUGCUCAGCUAGCUGAGGGAGUCGUCGAUCAUGUUUCUGAAAACCUCCUUCACCACGCUGAUUGUUGGGGUGUUCGUAGUGUAUGUGCUCCACACUUGCUGGGUGAUGUAUGGGAUAGUGUACACCAAACCCUGCGACAGCCCUAAAGCAGACAACUGCAUCACGCCCUUCCUGGCAGGGAACCCAAAACUAGAGUUGAGUAUCUACACCUCUGUGAAGCCAAACGCAGACGGAGGCCAUACGCUGAUUCACAAAGAGGAGGACUUCAAUGUCAACAGCAAGUUUGAGAGGAUCGUCAACGUCUCACUCCCCAAGAAAACGCGCAAUAAUGGAACAUUGUAUGCGUUAAUAUUCGUCCAUCAAGCUGGUCUCAAUCCAUGGCAGGACCCACGACAGGUCCAUCUGGUGGCUCAGCUCACUACCUACAUGGUCCCAAAGCCUCCUGAGAUCUCGCUGAUAUCUGGAGAAGAUCAAACACAGGGUCAAAAACAGGAAGAUCAGAAGAAGAAACAGCGUGAUGGUGGCUCUGGAGCAGGAACGAGAGCUAAAGGUGGAGCCGCUGCUUCAACGGAUCACCCAGUUUCUCACUGGCGCUCCCGUCUAACUCUUAACAUCGUUGGUGACCACUUCCUGUUUGACAGAGAAUACCUGCCAAGCGACGUUCACAGAUACCUCAGAGUAUUCCAGAACGGGAAGAAAAUGGUGUAUUUACCUCUGCUGUUUGUUGACGAGCUCAGCAAUAGGGUCAAAGAUCUCGUGGAGAUCAACAGCACUUCCUCAGAGCUCCCUCUCACCGUCUUCUAUGACUCCAUCUCUCUGGGCAGACUUCGCUUUUGGAUCCACAUGCAGGAUGCCGUGUACUCUCUGCAGCAGUUCGGAUUCACAGAGAAGGAUGCUGACGAGAUUAAAGGCAUCUUUGUGGACACCAACCUGUAUUUCCUGGCUCUCACCUUUUUCGUCGCAGCCUUCCAUCUUCUGUUUGACUUCCUGGCCUUCAAAAACGACAUCAGCUUUUGGAAGCAGAAGAAAAGCAUGGUGGGAAUGUCCAGCAAAGCAGUGCUGUGGAGAUGCUUCAGCACAAUAGUGAUUUUCCUCUAUUUGUUUGACGAGCAAACAAGCCUCCUCGUACUCAUACCUGCUGGGAUCGGCUCUAUAAUUGAAGUGUGGAAAGUGAAGAAAGCCUUUAAAAUCCAGAUUUUCUGGAAAAGAGGCAAACCAACAUUCCUGUUUGGGAAACUAGACGAAUCAGAGCGGAGAACAGAAGAAUAUGAUACUCUGGCCAUGAAGUAUCUCUCAUACCUCCUUUAUCCUCUGUGCAUCGGAGGAGCGGUGUACGCACUAAUAUUUCUGCGAUACAAGAGCUGGUACUCGUGGCUAAUCAACAGCUUGGUGAAUGGUGUGUAUGCCUUUGGCUUCCUCUUCAUGCUUCCUCAGCUCUUUGUCAACUAUAAGCUGAAGUCUGUGGCUCAUCUGCCUUGGAAGGCUUUCAUGUAUAAGGCAUUCAACACCUUCAUUGAUGACGUGUUUGCCUUCAUCAUCACCAUGCCAACAUCCCACAGACUGGCCUGUUUCAGGGACGACGUGGUUUUCCUCAUUUACCUUUACCAGAGAUGGCUCUACCCAGUGGACAGAACUAGAGUAAAUGAAUAUGGCAUUUCAUACGACGAGAAGCCCAAAGGGAAGGCUCACAAGGACUAAAAUGAAAAUAUACGUUUUCACUGACUUCUACGAGCUGGAACCUCCGGGUGUCAUCUUUUUGUCCAUCAUAUUCACUGACACUUUGGCAAAGUUUGAAGGUUUAAUCGCUUGCACGUCAUUCCUCACUAGCAGCAACUGCUAAAAACUUGAACAUCGGUAGAGGACCGGUAUAUAGCCAGUGUUUGGUUUGUCCAUUCUAGGCUAUUGUAGGAACAUGCCAGGGCAUCUUGACAGACUUGGUGGAAGGUCAUCAGUUAGUAGAAAGGUUAAAGAUAUAAAAAAAAAAAGUUUUAUUCUAAUUAAAACAUUGAUCAACAUUAAUUUGAAUGUCUUUCAGCCGAACAUCCUGAGUUCCAGACACUUGAACUUGUACAAACGUCAAAUGAGCUGCGUCUAAUGUGCCAGUCUGUUAUAAACGGACCAGAACUGUUAUCGUUCUUUCAAUUUAAUACUGUGACAUUACAUGAAAAUCAGCUAGCUAAAUCUGUGGAGCGAACAUCAAAACAGAUGUGAAAACCUUGUGUGUGUUUAGAGAAUGGCCCGCAUCUAAACAAACACUGUGGUGUGACCCAGUACACUAAUGGCUGCUGGAGCUUCACUAUCAUAUCACUAUACUGGCUUUCACUCCACCGCAAACUUGUAUAAUUCAAAGCAACAAAUUGUUUUGGCUUUUUUUGUAUUAUUUUCACAGGUUUAGUAUUUAGAAGUACACGCAACAGAUUUUGAGCCACUCAGUUAAAAGGCAUCAUUCAUCUGUACUGUUUCGCAGUACUUUUAAAUGGAGUAUGCCUAUUAAAUAAAUAAUACAAAAAGAAGAAGGUAAAAUUAUCUACAUAAAAACUGGAAUAAAGACCAAAAACAUCUUUAAAGUAAGCUUUCACAUCAUUUUCAAAACCUCAAUGGUAGAUGGGGUAUUGUGGAAUAAUCUCAAGCCUCUGUAAAUGUUGAUUGGAAGUUAAAGGUUUAAUGCCACGGAUAAAUGUAGGAUUUCUUGAGAGUUUCUGAAUAUUAAAAGGAUGAUUCUGUUUAUUUUGAAGUGAGGUUCUGGUAAAAUUACUCUCCUGGCAUCUUCACUUAAUCUAAAUCCAUAUUAGCUGUUCCUGAUCCUGAAGUCAAAGAAGGGCCAAGACCAAAUAUGACUUCUAGCAUCCUAAACAGCUACAGUCUUAAAAAGCAUUAUUGUGGUUUAUUAACCUUUAUAAAAACCCCAUUGGGUUUCCAUUGACUGGCUAUUUACACAGAAACCAAUUUCUGUCUAAAAAGAAAAUGGUGAUUGGAGGCAGUGUGCCAACAAUAAUCUUCCUGUGUGAAACAUGUCCUGAGAACUCAACAUGUAAUGUGUUUGACGUUCAUAUUAGCUGUCUAAUAUUAACAAAAAAAAACUUUUUAAAAAAAUAAAAUAUUGUUGCAGUUUUAAAUAAAGCAGUUUUCUGUUAAUUACUAUGACUGGAAAGCUCAGUAUGUGUUUUACAAGGAAAAUAACUUGAGGGGCACAACCUUCUAACUCCAUUUGCUAUUUAUUUAGUGUAAUGAAAACAUGACAAUAGUUCAGUUUUGUAAUAUGGCAUUCAGAUGAACUGACGUAAAUUUUAGAACUGAUUUUGGUUUAAGAUGGUAAAAAUCCACUUUGGUAUUGGCCCGUUUCUGAUUGUGUAUGUGCUUGUGUCCUUGAGGCCAACUAAUGUGGAUUUACGCUAAAUAAAGUUAACAAGGGGGUUAUUUACUGCAGGUAUGAAAACUGCAUGGAACCUUUCAACAGGACCACUUCAACAAAACUGAACUGUCCCUUUAAGGUUAAUAAGUUCAGUAACGUGUGAAGUUUCUUUUUUGUUCUCCAAUGGGUACGUUUAAUUUUGCUGUAAAACAUGAUGGCACACUGACAUUCAUUCACCUUUCACCGUCUUUCUUUUCUUUAAUUUUUGUACAUGUCAGGGCCAAGAAAAUAUUUGUGCCAAAUGUGCGAGUGAUUCUUGAACUGUUUGUUAGCAUUGGAUGUGCAGCAUAAGUGAUCCAUGCAAUGUUUUAAUGGACACUGACGUUUUGGAGGGAAAACAUUGAUGGUAAAGCUCACGGAAAGUAUUACAAAAUCUGGACCUAAACCAUCGUGAUUUUACUUCUUUACUUAUGCCUACUGUAAAUGUUCCUUUAAAGUAUAAAGACUCUAUUAGGAAUCAAGUUAUUAAUUUUUCAGAUGUCAUGUGAUUUGUUCAGGAAAAAGGUGAAAAGAACUGCGUUCCAAGCAAAAUGCAGUGAGGUCAACUUUUGAGUCAUUUUGCCUUGAAUUUGUUUGAAAUCAUUGUAAUGUUUGUGUUUUUCAUUGGAAUAUAAUAAAACGCUGACAUCA